AUGACUUCCUCCUACGAACGCAUUAAGUCAGAAUGCAAGCAGAAAGGCGUGCUCUGGGAGGACGAAGAUUUUCCGGCUAUGCAAUCGUCUGUCUUCUAUCACCAAACACCUCCUUUUACGUUUCAAUGGAAAAGACCACACGAGAUCGUCUCAAAUCCAGUGUUCGUCAACGAUUCAUCCGUACAAUUUGACAUUGUCCCCGGUAAGAUGGGCGAUCGUUGGCUGGUAUCCUGUUUGGGAGUGCUGUAUCUGUCAAAGGGCCUGUUCUAUCGCGUAGUACCAGCCGAUCAGAAUUUCGACAAACCCUACUAUGGUGUGUUUCGUUUCCGGCUUUGGUGGUGUGGAGAGUGGUUGGAAGUUUUGGUUGAUGACCGAUUACCUACUAUUAAUGGGAAACUGGCGUUCCUGCAGGCACAAAAUACUAAUUCUUUUUGGCCGGGUUUGUUGGAGAAAGCGUAUGCGAAAUUGCAUGGAUCGUAUGAAGCACUGAAAUACGGAACAUUGCUUGAUGGAUUAGCAGAUUUGACGGGAGGCAUCACCGAGUCGAUAUCUAUCAAAACUGAUACCAACAUUCUCAUACGCCCUCCGCUUCUACAUAGUCUGUUGGAUACAACUAGUAUCAUCACUUGUACAAUUAACAAUGGUACCAUGACACAAAUUCGCAAUCAAACUGAAGCCUUACCGAACGGCAUCCAUAUAGGCAUUAAUUAUCGACUUUGUUCCAUGGAUAAGGCCGAAACCAUCAUGGGUGAUACAGUUCAGCUUGUCCGGCUGCGGAACCCGCUGGUCCAUACACUUAGCAAAUCUUCUAGUUUCAAUGGAGACUGGUCGUCGUUUUCCACUUCAUGGGAACGCGUUACGAUGAAUGAACGAAAUCGCUUGAUCGAGCAGCUUGAUCAAGGUGAAUUCUGGAUGUCCUUUUUCGACAUGACACAAACGUUCUCCCAUCUAGAAUGCGUUCAUCUCGAUUCGGAUACUGCGAGGGAUGAGCCGCAGCUUGCUGACAAAAGUCGUCGUUGGUUGAUGCGAUUGUACCAAGGAGCAUGGAAGCGAGGUGUGACGGCAGGUGGAUGUCGUAACAAUCCAGACUCAUUUCACAUCAACCCUCAGCUGCAACUGUUUCUUAGUGAAAAGGAGGACGUCAUAAUUUCAGUCAACCAGCACAGCGUGCUUGAACCCAAAGUUAUUGGAUUUACUGUAUACAAUCUUAACAGUGUGCAAAAUAUCAACGGAUGUUUGUCAAAGAAUUUUUUCAAGAAGCACAAAAGCUUAGUCAACUCCCAAUAUACAAACUCACGACAAAUCAGUCACCGUUGCUCUAUCGAACCUGGGCGGUACCUUAUAAUGGCGACCACAUUUGAACCUGCCGAGGAAGCAUCAUUCAGCGUUCGGGUGUUGGGCACUACUAUUCGGCUGGCACUUCUGGAAACACAAACCAUGCUAUUGCUUGAUCCGUUUCCAUUACUCAACUCCAACACGAAAAUAACCAUCGAUUCAACGAAUAACAAUAAUAAUAACAAUAGUAUUGCGUGUAGCACAGCGCAGUAUGAACCGGUGUUUAUGCAGCUCGCUGACGAUCAAAGGACUUUAAAUUGUUUUGAUCUGCAAGAGCUACUCGAAGCAUGCCUUCCCAAUGAUUACAUUCGUAGUUGUGCCAGUAUAGACGUUUGUCGACAGGUUGUUUGUUUAAUGGAUAAAACAAAUCGUGGUCGCAUAAACUUUAACGAUUUCAAUAAAUUCAUGAUUAAUCUGAAAACAUGGUGGGGUGUGUUCAAAAUGCACACUAAAGAAAAAUCAGGCAUUUUAAAGGCAGAGCGAUUACGAGACGCGUUGUUCGACGUGGGAUUCCAGCUGAGUACGGACAAUAUUUCUAUUCUCAUUUUACGAUACAUGCGUAGAGAUGGUACACUUCGACUGGCUGAUUUCAUAUCCGCUAUUCUUCAUCUGACGAUGGCCUUUGAGUUGUUUAAAGCAAAAGAUACGAAUCAAGAUGGAAUUAUUAGCAUGGGAAUGACAGAGUGGAUAAAAUCGGUUUUCAUGUGUUAGAACAAAAUCAAAGUGCCCUAAUAGACCACUAUAAUUUGAACUAAUCAACUUUUGUAUGGUCUAUCGAAGUACGAAACGUGCGUAGCGAUGUGAAUUAUUAGCUUUUUCGGUUAGUAUCGUCACAGCAACUGUGUAACGAUUGACAUAAGGUAUUUGUGAGUUUGUUACGAUAUAGUGUACGAAUUACACACAAUAGGUAACCUUACCGUAUAAUUAUAAAAAAACAAAACUAAACAGAACAGAACAGAACAAGAACUAAACACUUGUAGCUGUUUUGUAAACUUCUUGUUACAAAACAAACGUUUGUUAAAAAAAAUCUUGUUACAAAAUGAAAUUAUUCUAUAAUUUUUCCAUAAUCAUCUUCUCCACUGGAAAAGAACUGCCAGCAGUCGGAAAUAGUCUAAUUCUAAGAGUCCGUACAGUUCAUUUUUCACAAAGCCGAAUAGUCAGUCAUAAGUUCAUUUGUAACGCAGGUUGUAAUCAUAAUUUAUAAUGUUGUUUUUGCGCUACGCAAAGGCAAUAAAAAGUGCAUGCACUAUGAACAGGUGUGUGAAUUCGUGAAAACAUGUCAUAAUUUGUCAGAAUUGUACAUAAAAUAAAUUGAUUUAUAUCG